AUUUGGCGGAUCGGAGCGAGAGCUGUGCCUGAGGAGAGAAGACGAAGCAGUGGACUCGGUAGCGAGAGCGGAGUUGGACGGAGGAGGAUGGGGGUCGUAGACCCCAAAGUGGACCACUGCAAUGUUAGCAACUACGCUACGUACAACACGCUGUCCUGGAUCGUGGCCGGCCAGUUUGCACUGGGUCUGCCUCUCAACCUGUCUGUCCUCUACAUCUUCAUCUUCAGGUUCAAGUUCUGGAAGAACAAGAGCGUCUUCCUUUUCAACAUUGUGGUGGCAGAUUUCCUGCUGGUGGCGUGUCUUCCUGCCAAGGCCUACCACUACCAGAUGGGCCAGCGGUGCAGCCCCAACUACGUCACGUGCAAGACCAUGCUCUUCAUGCUCUUCCUCAACCGCGGCGCCAGCAUCGCCUUCCUGGUCGUGCUGUCCAUCGACCGCUACUUCAACGUGGUCCACUUGGGCAGGGGGAACUUCGUCAAAGUCCUGAAGAGGUCCCCCCAGAUCUCAGUGGUCAUUUGGCUGCUCCUGCUGCCCCUCACCAUUCCCACCAUGCUCAACACCUUUGAGUGCUGUAACAGCCACGGCCGAAUCCACGAGACCUUCUAUCACGACGUGACGGACACCUUCAGAGAGUUGGUCUUCUUCACCCAAAUCCUAAUCCCCUUCAUCAUCCUGGUCUACUGCACGGCGCGCAUCGUCCACCGGCUGAGGAAGAAGACGGUGGGUGACCAGCGCAAACUGAGGCGAGCGACGUGCGUGGUCAUGUCCGUGGUGGGGCUCUUCUCCGUCUGCUUCUUGCCAUCCACCAUCGCCCGGGCGGUGCUGCUGGCCGCGCGGCUGACGAGGCCGGAAGUGGAGGGUCUGGCGGCUCAGGCGUACGACAGCCUCAUGGUUCUGUCCAACAUCGACUGCCUGCUGGACCCGCUGGUCUACUGCUUCUGUUACUCAGGCUUCAAGGACGCCUACAUUGCCACUUUCUGUCCCACUUUCCUGCAGAAGAGGCUGCUGACAUCGGAGUUUGGCUCGGGGAUGGGAACCAUGACCACAACCACAAAUUCUGGAGCCAGAACCGCUUCCUUGCCGAUGAUAGUGAAAUUAUUUUAUUCAUGAUGAUAACGUCACUGAAAUAUCUAGUGGUUAGAUUAUUUUACUAUUAUUUGUAUCACUUCUAAUACAUCUAAUUAUUCGAUCUUAAAAAUGAUGAAUAUGUUAAUAAAAUAGAAACAAUUUUUAGAAAAGACUGUAUUGUACUUAUGAAUGUGAGUGUGAAUGGUUGUUUGUCUAUAUGUGCCGUGAUUGGCUGGCGACCAGUCCAGGGUGUACCCCGCCUCUCGCCCGAAGACAGCUGGGAUAGGCUCCAGCACCCCCGCGAGGAAAAAGCGGUAGAAAAUGAAUGAAUGAAUGUAUUGUACUUUCUAUUCCAGAGAAUAUGCAAAAGUUAUCAGGUUCGUCAGCAUAUUAUUAUAGAUUAUUUUAACUUAUUGUGAGUUUUAUUUUCAUUCUUUUAUUGUUGUCAUUGUCUAUUGUUACAUUCAGGCACAUUAUUUCACUCCUAAAAAUUGAAACGCAAGCCGAGUCGGCGCAGUGACGUCACACAGCUAACAUAAUUAACAAACGCCACAAGCUAGCAGAAGUAGCUAACUUACCAUCAGCCGAUACCCUUCUUCAGCACUUCUUCCCUCUUGGACGUUCGUCUUUUCGCCCAAACUGACAUGUUUGUCGUCCAUGUGUCAGACAAACGAAGUAUAAAGUAGUUUCCAUUUGACACUUGACAACGUCGUCUAGGCCCGUGUUUCCCAGUCGGACAUCAUUUAGGAUGGGACCCUAUCGGAAAACAGUUACCAGGACGACGAGCUCACCUCCUGUGCUCGUCAGAACAUAAACCGGUUAAACUCGUUCCUGCUUGACUUUUAGCUCAGUAAAUCUCCACCGCGUCAUGUAUUUUUCUUUUUUCACUUUCAGGCGUUUGACACUGAUUUAUUAAUGUGCUUGUUAUUGUCGUAAUUGUCUGUCAGCAGUUUCAUGAUGAUUCUUGGCAGCUCCUUAAUGUUAAUGAUUGAUUUUAUAGCAGCUGUUUAACAGCUUGUUUGUAAUUGGCUGUUCAGGCACGUAGGAAUAUAUCUGCCAUAUGAAAUAAUAUGUAAAGAUACACGUGAAUAUCUUCAUACAGUAAUUAUUAAUGUAAGACUGUGUACAAGGGAGAGGCUAUUCGGAGUCUCUGCUGCCCUCUAGUGACAUUAAGUGGAAGUGAAAAAGUAAAUAUAAUCAUUCAUUCAUUUUCUACCGCUUAUUCUCACGAGGGUCCGGGGGUGCUGGAGCCUAUCCCAGCAGUCCGGAGUGCGCCCUGGGCUGGUGGCCAGCCAAUCACAAUAUCAUGAGCAAUAAAACAAAGUCGAACUGACGUAAAAAGAAAGAGCAGAUGAUGAUAUGAUGCAUAUUUUAAAUGACUUGAAUGUUGCUGUUAGUUUUAGCAAGAUGGAACUCGCAGGCACACAUUCCAUGUACAGAAACAAAUAUAUGCAAGUUCAUGUCAACUGUGUAGUUGACAUUUAAACACGAACAUAAUCAAAUAUAUUUAAAGAUACAUGGUCAUUGCAGCAUAGAUCGCAGAAGAAAAACCUGCUUUGAGCGCUUUUGAAUGAAC